CCCCUUAGCUCUGCCCCCAGGACUCCCGCCGGCGGGGCUUUUCACAAGCGACGCUUGCGGACGCUGCGCCAAAACCUGCACCUUCCUAACAGCCCUGGGUGUAAUUUGCUUCUCCGGACACCAACCUUCGGCCGCAAGUCCAGAGCCUUUGGGUUGAAGAGCCUGUCUCUGCCAGCGGUAGCUGGCGGUCAAGCUCUCGACGGUGUCCUGCUGCCGCUGAAGAUGGAACAGACGCCCCGCGAGAGCCAGCAGGAGCGCGCUCGUUCGCACAUGGUGACCACAACCAGCAGCUCCUUUGCGACUACUUUCACGUCCAGAUCCAGCACGCUCGCCUACGACAAAGAAUUUCUGAAGACGAUUCCUGGAGUCCUCAUGGUGGUUGAGAUAGUACUAGGUUUGCUAGUGUGGAUGUUGAUUGCUGGAACUGACUAUUUCCUAUACCCUGUCUUUGGAUGGAUAAUGUUUGUGGCUGUGUUUUACUGGAUUCUUACACUCUUUUUUUUGAUCAUCUAUAUGACAAUGACCUAUACGAGGAUACCUCAAGUACCAUGGACCACAGUUGGUCUGUAUUUUAAUGGCAGUGCCCUUCUCUUGUACUUAAUUGCUGCUAUUUCAGAAGCAUGUGCAGUCACCAAAGAACUCGACUACCACAAUUACAAUAGUUGGGCAGCAUCUUCGUUCUUUGCCUUCGUUGUUGCUUCCUGCUAUGGUGGAAAUACCUACUUUAGUUUUGUAUCUUGGAGAUCACGGACCUUGCAAUAAGUAUUAUCUUCUAAUAAAACAGCUCUGUAUGUAAAUGUUAUAUAAUUUUGUUGAAAAUAUUUAGGUAAUAUGGUUUUCACUCAAAAGUUAAAACAAAUAGUUCUUUUUACAAAUUAUGGAAAGGAUAGUUCACCUGACAGAAAUGGUUCUACACACUGUUACCUUAUUAACUUCGUUUGAAUUAAUUGUUGUGACAAUUAAUUAAAUAACAGCUCAGUUACUACAAACAAGCAUAAGGAAGAAUUGAUGAUAUAGGAGGGAAGAGAAGAAAGCAUGGAAGCGGUUCAAUGUUGUUUACACUGGGGGCACUUCCAUACAGUAUUGUGCCCCUCUGAAAGCUGCUCCAGAUCUCAGGAUUCUUGUCAAUAAUGUUGGAGAGCAUUGUACAACCAGGGCCACUAUCUGAUGGGACUGAUUUAAAAUCUGAAAACUUUUGUAACAUGAAAAACAUGUAUCCUCAGAUAAAAUACUGUAACUAGAACAUGUUACUUUGUAUCAAUUCAUAGUGUAUAUUGUAACAAAAUCAGUGGACUUCACAGUUAUUUUCUUCAUAAAUGUUUUUGUUUAAGCAUGCAUUUAUUUAUUAGAAAAAUCUACUGUUUUAUAGAACCUUCUAUUUCUUGCAAAUAUGUAUAACUUUUCAAGGCUGUAGAUUUAUUACAGUUAGAUAUAGAUGGGAAUAGUUAAUUCAUUGGGGUACAUACAUUUACGGAAGCAACUGAAUAAAAAAAUGCAUUACUAUAAUAAUCUUGCACAAGUCUGUAGUAUGAUCGCUCCUAAAAUACUAUGUUCCAUUCUAAUAACUGGAUCUCACUUUAGAUCUGGAAAAGAUGCAG